AUGAAAUUCCACGAGUGCUUUACACUACUAUCUUCCCGUCCUGCACACGCUCAUGAGCACUGCACAGAGAAUCAACAGGUCCAAGAGCAUCCCCAGGACGGGAAUGUAUAUGAGACCAACGACAAGUCGAGCUUUAAACAGAAGAAAGACUGGAAGUUACAGAAUUCCCAAGAGCUUGUCCAGACUUUUACCCGUUUGCAGGAGAUGCGCGUCCAGAUUUUCAAGGAUUUUCGACAGGGCUUUCAAGUUCACAAAAAGACCCAGCAAUUUCCUGCGUUUUGUUCUGGGAUCAAAGAUCGUUUUUCGGCUGUGAGUGAGCAGAUCAACCACAUUGAAAAACUCCUGCGUGACGAGAAGCAGCAAGUGGCGAUCGCUCAGCUUCUCCGUAAAAUCCAAGUGGAAGAAAAGGAAAAGCUUCUUUUGACAUCUGCCGUGUUGAUUGAAAAAAUGCGGCUUAGCGAUGCAGCCAAGCAUCAUGAACCCGAUCAUUCUACUAUUGCAUUCUUAGAACGGUCGGUGGAAACACUUACAAUGAAGCACACAGAUUGCGUAGUCCGCAUCAAUGAGAUUUUGGAGGAGCUACGAGCUGAAAGUGCUGAUCUCGAGGACGCGUGA